GCGCGCAUGCGCGUUCGGAGCGGAAGCGCCAUGGGAGCGGCGGCGGCCGAAGCGGACCGGACCCUCUUUGUGGGGAACCUAGACCCCAAAGUCACCGAGGAGCUGCUCUUCGAGCUCUUCCACCAGGCCGGUCCAGUCAUCAAAGUCAAGAUCCCAAAGGACAAAGAGGGGAAAGCGAAGCAGUUUGCGUUUGUGAACUUCAAGCACGAAGAGUCGGUCCCCUAUGGAAUGAGCCUCCUUAACGGGAUCAAGCUUUUCGGGAGGCCUCUCAAAAUCCAGUUCCGAUCAGGGAGCAGCCAUGCAUCUCAGGACAGUGGUUCGCCCUAUCCCCCGCAAAUCUCUCCUAAUGGAAGUCUCUCUGGAGUACAGCAAGGGCCGGCAAGCAACCGGUACGAGAGGAGCACAGAUAACAUGCCAGGGGUGCAGCGGUCCUUCUCAUCUCCAGAUAAUCUUCAGAGACAAGCUGUGAUGAACAACGUCAUGUGGCAACAGCCACAGUAUGGUGGACGGCAUGGCUCUCCGCACCCAGACCCUUCUGGUUUUGCGUCGGCUGGGCACCAGCAGAGUUACCCUUACCCCCAGUCGUCAGCCACUUCCAUGCCAUGGCGUUCGGAUGCUGUGUCGUCUCAGCGCAAGAGCCGGGUGAGCUCGCACCCAUACCCGUCUGAAGGAAGGCAUUACAACCGGGAACGGGCUAAUGACUAUGGCUCAGAGUACUAUUCCCGGGGAAGCCGGGACGACUAUUGCCACAAUGACAGGAACUACGGAGGCUGGAGCCACGAUUACGACCAUCGGCGGGAGACCUACCGAGAUGGCAAAUGGAAUCCCUCCCGCCACUGACCACUGCUCCCAGUCGAUUUUCCAUCUCAUCCUUUGGGGAAAUUAAGCAAUUCUUCCCCCUUUUGAAUAAAUUGGUUCUUUUAAAAAAAAAAACGAGACUUUGUAGGCAGUAACUCUGGAAAUUACACAUCUUCCUCUAAACAAAAGCGACCUUUUUAUAUGUAUGUAAAAAAAGAAAAUCACCUCCAGUCUGUAUUUUGACAAAAGUGGCUUCGUUUCAAUUGUAUUAACUUUCCCUCUUGGGUUUGAGGCAAAGAAAAGGAGUGUUGCCACACAUUUUUUUAAACACAGGGCGAAGUCGGGGUGGGAGGGAGAUCAUUUUAGUUUAUUUUAUAAGGGAAAAGAAAAAAAGAUGUGCCGUUGCGGUUGUAUUUUAAAAUGGGUGUAUUUUUGUAGAGUGUUAGCGAAGGAACCUUCCGAGGCGGUUCGGCACAAAACCCACUGUGAAAGAGCGCUCUAUCUGGAAGGUUCGGCCGUAAAUGUCGGCGAUGGUGUUUUUGCUACUGGGGUAACCGUUGCUUUUGAAUACUUGUAUUAAAGAAACAUCCAGCCUGUUUAGAUUUUGCUGAAUAACCUGAUAAUUUAUACAGAAUGGUGUGCUAAUUAUUUCCCCCCUCAAAUCCUUUCGUGGACUCCUUUGAUUUUUAUACAAAGAAAACCAGCAGUAUCGUAAGGACUUUAUUUUUUCCCAGCCGCCGAAGUGAUUAAAAACUCUCAGGAAAUCAUUGUGGUGCCCAUACGUUUAUGUGUGUUUUAUAUAUAUAUGUAUAUACACACACACACUUUUUCUAGCUUGAACACAAUUACAAGAAUAAAAACUACAACCCACGAAACAGUCCUGUUUGAGAAUUGCAAAUUCUAAUGUGUAUCUUUAGAGUCUCGAUAGUCUUAAUGGUGUUAUCUGGAUGGAAAGGGAUCUUGCAGCACCUUUGAGGCUAACUAUGCGAAAGGUGUUGAAGCAUAAACUCUAGUAGAUUCAGUCUACUUUCUCAGAUGCAUGGUGUUAUGUAGAGAAUAAAAGAAACGGCUGCUUAUAAAGAAAAUAAGUGAGCACUCAUCUGCAAUUCUAGUGCUAUGCUAGAAUAAAGAUUUGGUUUUAGAGGUCCUCUCUUUUUUAGCCAGCAGAAAACCUCUCAGAGAUGUAAAAUCUGUGAUUGCUUCUGUAAUAAGUUGGCCAACUCCAUCCCCAAACCACUACGUUUUUGAGACUCGGUUGUCCUCCUGUGCUCACCUUCAGCCACAUUUGUGGUCAAUGGAGAUGGGAAUGUCUGUGACCAUCCCAGAGACUGCAUGCUUAAAGGGUCUUAUGGGUUUUUCCACCCCAAAAUUAUAGUAUUUUGGUAAAAAAGCAGGCCACCAUCAUCACACAUCUCCCCACUGAUUCCAUAGAUUUGAUUUUUAUGUUUUUUGGCGUUAUUGCCAAAAAAACCAACACAAAGACGUCUACAUCAUUCCAAAACGAUCCCAAGCAAUACCGAUAAAAGAGUAUUUUAAGAGAACAACAACAACUGCAUUUCUUUAAGUCGUGUACAUAUAUAAAUAUAUAUAUUUUGACAUCAAUAAACUUGUUCUUUUAAACCCUUA